UCUCUCAAGUCCCUCCCAAUAGGGCAGGCCCCUGUCCAGCUGUCCAGCCACCUCCUACUGCCUCCCCCUGCCUGCCACCACCACCCCCCCAAGCAGGAGUGGGAGGCCCGGGCAACCCAGGGCAGUCCAGUCACUUCUUCUCCCCGGGAAGCUUAGCUAGGGGCAGGGUAUGGGCAGGAAAGGGCUGUGGCCCAGCUCUGCACUCCACUCAGGGGUCCCAGAGCCCCCCCAGCCUGAGGUCCUGAGAGGAGGCCUUUGUGCUGCACACUCUCCCCCUCCAGGGCUGAAUACAAGAUCAUAACCCCAGGCCCCUCCUGGGUCAGGCUCUAGACUCAACCCCUGAGAACUAUGUGGCCUUCAGGCCUAAAUGGCCCAUGACAGUCUUGCUAACAGCUGCCUCCCACUGAGAGCAUCUGCGUGUGGGGCCUGUGCGUGCCCAUCACAUGAAUCCCCCUCAGGAAUUCAUCCAAGGAGGAGUAGGUAUCCCGUUCUACAGAUGAUGAAACUGGCUCAGAGAAGUCCGCUCACCCAGGAGGCAGCAGGAUCGGGAUGUGAGCUGAGGCCGGCCCGGAGCUAAAGCCCCAGUCUUAACCGCUCUGCCCUACGGCCUGGUGCCCCAGACUCAGGACCGGUAAAAUCCAACUUGCCAUAUAUCUUCCAGAAGGAGCUUCCUGGCCAGCCCUGACCCUGCUGUGCCCCUGUGCGGCCCCCACCCCGUGGUCUGACCUCCGAAACAGCUGUGGCAUGGAUCAUGACCUUGCCCACUGGGCCUUCAUUCUCCUCUGCAACUCCACCAGGAGGUUGGCAGGACCCUGACCAGGAGGGCUCCAGGAAGCCCCGUGGGAGGAGCAGUGCCUGGGUUCCCACUGAGGCAAGACUGGAGAAGAUCUGUCGAAACAGUGGCAGCAGGAAGAACUGAGUCGGGAUUCUAAGGAUGGUGGGACCGUCCGUCCGUGGAGCCGGCCCCAGGAUGCCCCGGGGGUGUGGAUGACCAGCCGUGAAGCCCCACCCGGCCCAGGCCCGGAUGCCGCCGCCCCGCGAAGACCACUCGCCGAGGGCCGCCAGUGGCCCCGCGCCCUAGUCUCCUGACCCAGGGACCUCGCGCGUGCGGUUCCCGCCUGGCCGCCCCGGGGGAGACGCGGGAGUGAGCUUCCCGACCCGCCCCGCCGAGCGAGGGCGACGGCGCAGGGAGCGGCCCCGGGGGAAGGGGCUCGGGCCGCCUGGAAACAUUCUCCCGCAGCGGCUCGGCAGGAUGACCAGCCUGUUCCGCCGGAGCAGCAGCGGCGGCGGCGGGGGCGGCGGGGCGCGCGGGGCCGAGGGCAGCGCCGCGGCCGCCGCGCAGGAGCUCAACAACAGCCGGCCCGCGCGCCAGGUGCGCCGCCUCGAGUUCAACCAGGCCAUGGACGACUUCAAGACCAUGUUCCCCAAUAUGGAUUACGACAUCAUCGAGUGCGUGCUGCGCGCCAACAGCGGCGCGGUGGACGCCACCAUCGACCAGCUGCUGCAGAUGAACCUGGAGGCCGGGGGCGGCAGCGUCUACGAGGACAGCUCCGACUCGGAGGACAGCAUCCCCGCGGAGAUCCUGGAAAGGACUUUGGAACCUGAUAGCUCCGAUGAAGAGCCGCCCCCUGUGUACUCCCCACCGGCCUACCACAUGCACAUGUUCGACAGGCCUUACCCUCUGGCCCCCCCCACCCCGCCUCCCCGCAUCGAUGUCCUGGGCUCUGGACCCCCUUUGAGCCAGAGGCGCUAUCGAAACUGGAACCCACCACUGCUGGGCAACCUCCCCGAUGACUUUCUCCGCAUCCUGCCCCAGCAGCUGGAUAGCAUACAGGGUAACCUCGGGGGCUCCAAGCCCGUGAGCGGAGAGGGAGGCCUACCCCCUGCAGCCGGACCUGGGCCCCGGGACCAGGAGAGCCGCUGGAAGCAGUACCUGGAGGACGAGAGGGUCGCGCUCUUCCUGCAGAACGAGGAGUUCAUGAAGGAGCUGCAGCGCAACCGCGACUUCCUCCUCGCCCUGGAGAGAGGUGGCGCACCGGAUCGAUUGAAAUACGAGUCCCAGAAAUCCAAAUCCAGCAGCACAGCUGUGGGCAACGACUUUGGCUUUCCAUCUCCUGCCCCAGGAACCGGCGACGCCAACCCCGCUGUGUCUGAAGAUGCCUUAUUCAGGGACAAGUUGAAACACAUGGGAAAAUCCACCCGGAGGAAGCUGUUUGAACUGGCCAGGGCCUUCUCGGAGAAGACCAAGAUGAGGAAGUCAAAGAGGAAACACUUGUCGAAGCAUCAGUCGCUGGGGGCUGCAGUGUCAACAGCCAAUCUCCUGGACGACGUGGAGGGCCACACGUGUGAUGAAGACUUCCGGGGAAGGCAACAGGAGGCGCCCAAGGUGGAGGAAGCCGUAAGGGAAAGACAGUAAGAGAUGCCAGCAGUUCCUCCUUGCCGGAGAAGAUCUGACCCGGCAGAGGCAGCCGGAGAGCAAAACCAGCCCCCAGCUGAAGAGCCAGCUGCAGCUGGACCGAUGGUGCUUGAGUGCCGAGGCCCAGGGAUUCUCCGGCCACAGUCCAGCCCAGCCACUGCCACUGCCACUUUCCAUGGGACUUGGAACUUCGGAGCUGUGUGCUGUGACUGGAUGAAGGACCUGGGGGGCGGCAGCCAUCGACAGCCCCUUUUGUAGCCAGGCUGUUCUAUGGGCAAUGAGUGGAAAUGCAGGAUCCAACCUCCAACCCUCCUUCUUAAAAAAAAAAAAACAAAAGUCCCAGAAAACAGGCAAAAAUUGGAGUGCCCGAAAGGGCAGGAUGACCCUACCAGAGGCUCUUUUGCCUGAAGGUAGAGCCCCUGCCCUUGCCCAUCUCUCCUGCUGAGCCACGGACACCGCCUGGUCCCCACCCCUGACCCCAGCACCUUCUGGGCACCUUGGGCCCUUUAUUCCCACGGCCUCCUGCAUCUCAGCCUUUCCUGGGGCCGCUAACCCUCAGCACAACCCCUGCACAGAGCUCUUGGUGGGGGAGCCCUGGGCAGUCACUUGGGCUCCCUCUGAGGAGUGAUGGGCCCCCGAAGAGAGGUAUCUGCUGACUGCCCUGCCUGGGCCCCUCUGGCUGCCUCCGUUAGGGGCUGGCUAGGGCCCCCAGCAGGGAUGGGGAGGGUGGCCACCCCGGAGCUGGAGGACUUUGGCUAGGCAGGGGGAGUCUUUGGCAGAAGACAAAAGCCAGUUCUGGAUGGGACCUUGAAGUCACACAACAGUGAGGGCUCACAGGAGCUCUGACCCCCCCCUGGCUGGACUAGAAGUUCUUCUGCCACUAAGGGUGGGCAGCAGCGGGUUCUGAAGUGACCCUGGGGAAGGUGCAGGACUGAGAAGCAAGGUGAAGAGGCUGCCAGCCUGGGUGGGAGGCCUGGGGCAGAAGGGCUUGCUGGGUGCCCCUUGCCGAGAGAGCGCGACAAGGUGAAAGAUCCGAGGAGGAAAACUCUCGGUUCUACAGAGCUUACCGACACCAACCACUGCCAGCGGGAGGGAGGCUGUCCCCGUCUCUCCGGCCGCCGACGCGACGGGAACACGCUGACCUCUCUCUCCGGAAAACCGGGAAGCCUAGGCAGGCACGAGGCUUCGGGCCCCCGGAGUGUGGAACCAGCCCAGCCCGACCGCCCGGGGUUGGAGCGGGAGCCAAGCCUUGGCGGGGCCCCGGCGGCCGCAAGUCACCCCGAGAUAAUGAAGGCGCGGCGGCCGCCCAGGGCCAGCGGCGGAGGCCAGACCGCGAUCGCGCCGGCCCGCCCGCCGCUCCGGGGGCCGGAGGAGGGCCCCGGGCCGACGGGGGCGGCCGAGCUUCCCCGGCUCGGGAGAGGCGGCCGCGGGCUGGGCCAGCCCCGCAGAGGAGAGGCCGCCGCCCUCCGCUGCUCCCCGCGGCCGGGCUGUGGCCCCCGACGGCCCUCGGCCUCCAGCCCGAGCUCCAGAGGGGUCUGACCCCGAGGGGCCUCUGGGCUGUGGCCCUGACCCCUCCCCGCGCCAGGCCCGGGCGCAUGGCGGGGAAGCCCCAGCCCCAUGUCUGUGUGUGUUGCUUUGUUAGUUUUUUUUUUUUUUCUUCCUAUGUGUGGGUUUUUUCUUGGAGCUGUUUCAUAGGAAUUCCUGUAAUAAAGACUUGGUGUUCUC